UCCCCUGCUUAGUUGCAUGCAUCGUCCUUCUCUCGUAUAUGUAUCUAGGUAAAUGGGUAUGUCUUACGGUUCUCGAGUUGUUUUUUCUUUUGUGUGGACUAAGAGUCAGGGCUGCUACUGUGCUCUUCAUUUUUCUUUCGCUUUUUUUUGGUCCCAGUUUCUUCGGAAGGCCUGCAAUGUCUUCAUUGCGUUUUUGAUAUGAAGAGGAGGGAAGCGAACGUUGGACAAUAAGUAUGCAUGUGUACGGGGUACGCCUUUCUAUUGUGGGUUGUGGUACUGCGAUCCUGUUGUGCCACAAGGUGUUAGCCAGAUUACAUCUUUGCCCGGUUGUUCUUUUCUUCUUCUGCUCAGUUGCUUGGCAUGCUCUCGUUUCUGUGGUUACAAAUCGUUGUAUUUGGUUUUGGUUUUCUUCAUCCUUCGGACUGUGAUUGGAUGUUGCUUUUUUCCAUUUCAGGUAUGCUGCACGUUGGAGGUGAAAUCAACAAGAAAUUUUGGUGAGUAGACAUCUUUUACAGGAUCCUGACUCAUCAGGCCAGCCUGUCCCUGUCCCUUGCGUCUUAUUUCUUCGAUUACUUAUGUUACUUCAGUGCACGCUUGUUCGUCAGGCAAAGCUCUCUCGUUCGCAGACGGAGAAAACUAGCAAAGAAGCAGGACUGGUACUGCUUCAACUUGAUCCUGGAAUGAUGGCACAUGGUAAAGUAUCACAACGAAAAGACUUGGUAUAGCCAACCUUGAAGGUAAGAUGUACUUCGACUAAGCUGCACUGCCGCUCAACACCCGAUGCCCGACGCCGAUCGAUUCGGGGCUUUUGAACGUCGCCAUCACGUGUUUCGUCUGAAGCGCGUGGGUCAAGGUGUACGCGCCGUCUACAUGCGGUACUGACCAACGGUUUCCGUAAUCAUAUAUUCCCGACAGAGGGGUACCCAGUGAGUGGGUGAUAUUCUGGUAAUAACCGCU